GAAGACUAGAGUUGGCUGAGAUGUGGAACCCACUGCAGGACAGCGACUCUGUGUUGGGUCCGGGACGCCGCCAGCGCUGGCUCUGCGCAGGGACACUGGUGCUGGCUUUCUCUGGAAUCUUCAUCAUUGGCUUCGUCUUUGGGUGGUUUAUAAAAUCUUCCAGUGACUCUACUAACAUUGUUUCCCAUCCUGGCAUGAAGAAGGCAUUUUUACAUGAAUUGAAGGCUGAGAACAUCAACAAUUUUUUAUAUAAUUUCACAAGGACACCACAUUUGGCAGGAACAGAACACAAUUUUAAGCUUGCAAAGCAAAUUCAUGCCCAGUGGAAAGAAUUUGGUUUGGAUUCAGUUGAAUUGUCCCAUUAUGAUGUAUUGUUGUCCUACCCAAAUAAGACUCUUCCCAACUACAUCUCAAUAAUUGAUGAAGAUGGAAAUGAGAUUUUCAACACAUCACUAUCUGAACUGCCACCUCCAGGGUAUGAGAACAUCUCAGAUGUAGUGCCACCCUUCAGUGCCUUCUCUCCUCAAGGGACACCAGAGGGGGAUCUAGUAUAUGUUAACUAUGCACGAACUGAAGACUUCUUUAAACUGGAACGGGACAUGAAGAUUAAUUGUUCUGGAAAGAUAGUGAUAGCCAGAUAUGGCAAAGUGUUCAGAGGAAAUAAGGUUAAAAAUGCUCAACUGGCAGGUGCAAAAGGAAUCAUUCUGUACUCAGACCCCGCUGACUACUUUGUUCCUGGGGUGAAGCCCUAUCCAGAUGGCUGGAACCUCCCUGGAGCUGGUGUUCAGCGUGGGAAUGUCUUAAAUCUUAAUGGUGCAGGUGAUCCCCUCACACCAGGUUACCCAGCCAAUGAAUAUGCUUAUAGGCAUGAGUUGACAGAGGCUGUAGGACUCCCAAGUAUACCUGUCCAUCCAAUUGGAUAUGAUGAUGCACAGAAGCUUCUAGAACACAUGGGUGGACCAUCACCACCUGACAGGGGCUGGAAGGGAGGGCUCAAUGUGCCUUACAACGUGGGACCUGGCUUUGCUGGAAACUUUUCAAAACAAAAAGUCAAGCUGCACAUACACUCCUACAGUAAAGUGACAAGAAUCUAUAAUGUAAUUGGCACAUUCAAAGGAGCUAUUGAACCAGACAGAUAUGUCAUUCUUGGAGGUCACAGAGAUGCCUGGGUCUUUGGUGGUAUUGACCCUCAGAGUGGAGCAGCUGUUGUUCAUGAAAUUGUGAGGAGCUUUGGAACACUGAAGAAGAAAGGAUGGAGGCCUAGAAGAACAAUUCUGUUUGCAAGCUGGGAUGCUGAAGAAUUUGGCCUUCUUGGUUCUACUGAGUGGGCAGAGGAGCAUUCCAGACUCCUCCAUGAACGCGGAGUGGCUUACAUUAAUGCUGAUUCUUCCAUAGAAGGAAAUUACACUCUAAGAGUUGAUUGCACACCACUGAUGCACAGCUUAGUGUACAACCUAACAAAAGAGCUCCAAAGCCCAGAUGAAGGCUUUGAAGGCAAAUCUCUUUAUGACAGCUGGAGGGAAAAGAGUUCUUCACCAGAAUUCAGUGGAAUGCCCAGGAUUAACAAGCUGGGGUCUGGCAAUGAUUUUGAAGUGUUUUUUCAAAGACUUGGAAUUGCUUCAGGUAGAGCAAGAUACACUACAAAUUGGAAAACAAACAAAGUCAGAAGCUAUCCACUCUAUCACAGUGUCUAUGAAACAUAUGAGUUGGUCGAAAAAUUUUAUGAUCCAACAUUUAAAUAUCACCUUACCAUGGCCCAAGUUCGAGGAGGGAUGGUAUUUGAACUGGCUAAUUCUAUAGUGCUUCCAUUUGACUGUCAAGAUUAUGCUGUAGCUCUGAAAAAGCAUGCUGAAAAUAUCAACAACAUUUCUAUGAAUCAUCCACAAGAGAUGAAGGAAUACAUGGUAUCAUUUGAUUCACUGUUUUCUGCAGUAAAGAAUUUUACCGAGGUUACAUAUGAGUUCAACAAAAAACUUCAAAAUUUAGACAAAAGCAACCCGAUAUCACUGAGAAUUAUGAAUGACCAGCUGAUGUAUCUGGAACGUGCAUUCAUUGAUCCUUUAGGGUUACCAGGCAGGCCAUUCUACAGGCAUAUUAUCUAUGCUCCGAGCAGCCACAAUAAGUACGCAGGAGAGUCAUUCCCUGGGAUAUACGAUGCUCUUUUUGAUAUUGACAGCAAAGUGGACCCUUCUAAGGCUUGGAAAGAAGUGAAAAGACAGAUUUCUAUUGCAGCCUUCACAGUGCAAGCUGCAGCAGAGACUUUGAGAGAAGUAGCCUAAUGGUACUUCAGAUAAUCCAUAUUUAGUAGGUAUGAAAUUAUUGGG